GCGCUCUCCCUCUGUGCACCGAGGAUGUGCUGAAUGGUGCGCUUCCAGGCGGCGGCCGAUCAGGAUCCGGAGGCUGCGGGCGGCUGGCGCAGCCCGGCCGGGCUCCUCUGCGUCUUCCGAGGCUCGCCAUCCACCGCGGGCUCCCGACCCCGCGUCCCGCCCGCGGCAUGGCCGGCUGCGCCCUCGCGUGUCCCGCCUGCUGAGCCGCGCGGGCCAGAGGUGCUGAGGCCGGGAGGCCGGGAGGCCGGCGGGCGGCGGAGCCCACGCCUGCCGAGCCCCGAGCCGAGCCCCUUCGCUCCGCGCCCGUCCCCGCUGUGCUCGCCCGGGCCGCCCGGAGCCCUCAUGAGCCCAGAUGGCCGGGGCUCAGCCCGGAGUGCACGCCUUGCAACUCAAGCCCGUGUGCGUGUCCGACAGCCUCAAGAAGGGCACCAAAUUCGUCAAGUGGGAUGAUGACUCCACUAUUGUCACCCCAAUUAUUUUGAGGACUGAUCCUCAGGGAUUUUUCUUCUACUGGACAGAUCAAAAUAAGGAGACGGAGCUGUUGGAUCUCAGUCUUGUCAAGGAUGCCAGGUGUGGGAAGCAUGCCAAGGCCCCCAAGGACCCCAAAUUACGUGAACUUCUGGAUGUGGGGAACAUCGGGCACCUGGAACAUCGCAUGAUAACAGUGGUAUAUGGGCCUGACCUGGUGAACAUUUCUCAUUUGAAUCUUGUGGCUUUCCAAGAGGAAGUGGCCAAGGAAUGGACAAAUGAGGUUUUCAGCUUGGCAACAAACCUGCUGGCCCAAAACAUGUCCAGGGACGCGUUUCUGGAAAAAGCAUACACUAAACUUAAGCUGCAGGUCACUCCAGAAGGGCGCAUUCCUCUCAAAAACAUCUAUCGCUUGUUUUCAGCAGACCGGAAGAGAGUUGAAACCGCAUUAGAGGCUUGUAGUCUUCCAUCUUCAAGGAAUGAUACCAUACCUCAAGAGGAUUUCACUCCAGAUGUGUACAGAGUUUUCCUGAACAAUCUUUGUCCCCGACCUGAAAUCGAUAACAUCUUUUCUGAAUUUGGUGCCAAAAGCAAACCAUACCUUACUGUUGAUCAGAUGAUGGAUUUUAUCAACCUUAAGCAACGAGAUCCCCGGCUAAAUGAAAUACUUUAUCCACCUUUGAAACAAGAGCAAGUCCAAGUGUUGAUUGAGAAGUAUGAACCUAAUGACAGCCUUGCCAGAAAAGGGCAGAUAUCAGUGGAUGGGUUCAUGCGCUACCUGAACGGAGAAGAAAAUGGCGUCGUUUCACCUGAGAAACUGGAUUUGAAUGAAGACAUGUCUCAGCCGCUGUCUCACUAUUUCAUCAAUUCCUCACACAACACCUACCUCACAGCUGGCCAGUUGGCUGGGAACUCCUCUGUAGAGAUGUAUCGCCAAGUGCUUCUGUCGGGAUGUCGCUGUGUGGAACUGGACUGCUGGAAGGGGCGGACUGCAGAGGAAGAACCUGUCAUCACCCAUGGAUUCACCAUGACAACUGAAAUAUCCUUCAAGGAAGUGAUAGAAGCAAUUGCCGAGUGUGCAUUCAAGACGUCACCUUUCCCAAUUCUCCUCUCCUUUGAAAACCAUGUGGAUUCCCCAAAGCAACAAGCCAAGAUGGCAGAGUAUUGCCGACUCAUCUUCGGCGAUGCCCUUCUCAUGGACCCACUGGAAAAAUACCCACUGGAAUCCGGAGUGCCUCUUCCAAGCCCUAUGGAUUUAAUGUAUAAGAUUUUGGUGAAAAAUAAGAAGAAAUCACACAAGUCGUCAGAAGGAAGUGGUAAAAAGAAGCUUUCGGAGCAAGCCUCCAAUACACACAGCGACUCCUCCAGCGUGUUCGAGCCAUCAUCUCCAGGAGCCGGGGAAGCAGAUACAGAGAGUGAUGAUGACGACGACGAUGAUGACUGUAAAAAAUCUUCAAUGGAUGAGGGUACGGCUGGGAGCGAGGCCAUGGCCACGGAAGAGAUGUCCAAUCUGGUGAACUACAUUCAACCUGUCAAGUUUGAGUCCUUUGAAAUUUCAAAAAAAAGAAACAAAAGCUUUGAAAUGUCUUCCUUCGUGGAAACCAAAGGGCUUGAACAACUUACGAAGUCUCCAGUGGAAUUUGUAGAAUAUAAUAAAAUGCAACUCAGUAGGAUAUAUCCUAAAGGAACGCGUGUGGAUUCAUCCAACUACAUGCCUCAGCUCUUCUGGAAUGCUGGCUGUCAGAUGGUGGCACUCAAUUUCCAGACAGUGGACCUGGCCAUGCAAAUAAACAUGGGGAUGUACGAGUACAACGGGAAGAGCGGCUACAGACUAAAGCCAGAGUUCAUGAGGAGGCCGGACAAGCAUUUUGAUCCAUUUACAGAAGGCAUCGUAGAUGGGAUAGUGGCCAACACUUUGUCCGUUAAGAUCAUUUCAGGGCAGUUUCUUUCUGAUAAGAAAGUUGGGACUUAUGUGGAGGUGGAUAUGUUUGGUUUGCCCGUGGACACAAGGAGGAAAGCAUUUAAGACCAAGACGUCCCAAGGGAAUGCUGUAAAUCCUGUCUGGGAAGAAGAACCGAUUGUGUUCAAGAAGGUAGUGCUGCCUUCUCUGGCCUGUUUGAGGAUAGCAGCAUACGAAGAGGGAGGCAAAUUUAUUGGCCACCGGAUCUUGCCAGUACAAGCCAUUCGGCCAGGCUAUCACUACAUCUGUCUGCGGAAUGAGAGGAACCAGCCUCUGAUGCUGCCAGCUGUCUUUGUCUACAUAGAGGUGAAAGACUAUGUACCAGACACGUAUGCAGAUGUGAUAGAAGCUCUGUCAAACCCGAUCCGUUAUGUGAAUCUGAUGGAGCAGAGAGCUAAGCAACUGGCCGCCCUGACACUGGAAGAUGAAGAGGAAGUAAAGAAAGAGGCUGAUCCUGGGGAAACACCAUCAGAGACUCCAAGUGAAGCCAGGACUACUCCAGCAGAAAAUGGAGUGAAUCACACCACAUCCUUGACACCCAAGCCACCUUCCCAGGCUCAGCACAGUCAACCAGCUCCAGGUUCUGUGAAGGCACCUGCCAAAACAGAAGACCUUAUCCAGAGUGUCUUGACAGAAGUGGAAGCGCAGACUAUUGAAGAGCUCAAGCAACAGAAAUCGUUUGUGAAACUUCAAAAGAAGCAUUACAAAGAAAUGAAAGACCUGGUUAAGAGACACCACAAGAAAACCACCGACCUGAUCAAGGAGCACACUGCGAAGUACAACGAGAUUCAGAAUGACUACUUGAGAAGAAGGGCAGCCUUGGAAAAGUCUGCCAAAAAGGACAGCAAGAAAAAAUCUGAACCCAGCAGCCCUGACCAUGGUUCCUCCGCCAUUGAGCAAGACCUUGCAGUGCUGGAUGCAGAAAUGACCCAGAAGUUAAUCGACUUAAAGGACAAACAGCAGCAACAGUUGCUUAAUCUUCGUCAAGAACAGUAUUACAGUGAGAAGUACCAGAAGCGUGAGCAUAUUAAACUGCUUAUUCAGAAGUUGACAGAUGUGGCCGAAGAGUGUCAGAACAAUCAAUUAAAGAAGCUCAAGGAAACCUGUGAGAAAGAGAAGAAAGAACUAAAGAAGAAAAUGGAUAAAAAGAGGCAGGAGAAGAUAACAGAAGCUAAGUCCAAGGACAAAAGCCAGAUGGAAGAGGAGAAGACAGAGAUGAUCCGGUCAUACAUCCAGGAGGUGGUGCAGUACAUCAAGAGGUUAGAAGAGGCACAAAGUAAAAGGCAAGAAAAACUUUUGGAGAAACACAAGGAGAUCCGCCAGCAGAUCCUGGAUGAGAAGCCCAAGCUGCAGAUGGAGCUCGAGCAGGAAUAUCAAGACAAGUUCAAAAGACUGCCCCUGGAGAUUCUGGAGUUUGUGCAGGAAGCCAUGAAAGGGAGGAUCAGUGACAACAGCAAUCACAGCUCUGCCCCUCCCUCCCUAGCCUCGGACCCAGGAAAGGUGAACCACAAGCCUCCCUGCAGUGAGGAGGUAGAAGGAGAGAACCCAGGAAGAGAGUUUGACACACCUCUGUGAUCCUUCCGGCCAGACCUUCCAGAUUUGCAUGGCCACUCAACCUCCAUCAGACUCUAUCUUACUACACAGAUCACUGCCCCAGGGCCAUCUUCCUGAGAAGCAUCCCUAACCUAAAAUCCACAUCAAAGGGAGAAGUUCUGGAAGGAUCCACGUGGAGGUGCCAUGCUGCACUUCCAUGUGCCAUGUGGAAGCUACUAGAGGUUUACAGGGAAGAGCACGUGUAUGUGAGAUUUUUCUUUUCUUCCCAAUAGUAAUUUCAAAACAGGCAACUCCCAGGCUCCGUGGAACAUGUUAUGAAGGACAGCGUCUUCUUUGAAGAAAAUUUGAGCUGGUGUUUUCAUUUGAAGCUCUGGUGUAAGGUAUUUCAAAGUAAGAGGAAUAGUUUGAGAAAUGCAUCGUACUAUUUAGCACUAUGGAAUAUCCCACUUUGAUCACUGUUUUCCUAACUGCCCCUCAACUCCAUUCAAGUUAACAUGCAUAUUAAAUUGUUUUAUCCUUUGCUUUGCAAGCACUGGUGGCUUGCAGUUUUGCUAAUUUAUUUAUCAUAAAGGUAUCAGUGUAUUUGCUGCUGACGUGGCUUUAUUAAAUUACCAUAGUGACUCAAAUAAGCAGGUUUCUUUUAUGAAAAACAAUCACUUGAUUGUAUUAUUGCCCAGUGAAGCCAUCCCAAAGUUAGCAAUACGGAUUGUGCAUUUGGCUGGAUGAGCAGACUGGCUGUAUGCUUUCAGGCAUUUGUUGGUUGUUGACCUGAAAUGAUCAGCUACACAAGGAUCUGUUCUGUUGAGUAAGCGAUAAGCUCAUAUAUAUAUAUUAAUCAGUAUUUUAGUCAGAGUGAACAGGUUCCAGAGGGUUACUUUGUUGUCUGAUAUUUUUUGGGAUUCAUUGUGUUUACUGUAGAAAGGAAGACAGAAUAUUUAUCUAAAUGCACAUGUAUAAAUGAUAAAUAUUAUCUCCAUGUAUAUAUUACACGUAUGUACCCAGUCAUAUAAGCGCACACACAUACAUAUGUGUGAGUGUAGAUAUGUGUUUAUAAAUUGGCAAUGACCUAAAUCUCUUCCAUAAGGUUUAAAACCCAAUUCAGAGAUAAAUGGACAGAGAAGAAAAGGGUCAAACAUAUACAUAACAUGGAUAUUAAAAUAUCUGGAAAUACCAAGAAAUAGUUGAUGGAUUCACUGAUGUAACUUGAGGUAAACUUAGAAUUUAAAAUAUGAAUUUGCCAAAAAUUUUUGCAAAAUCAAAGAUUGGAUUUAAGUAUCAAAUUUUAAGCUUGUUUUAAUGGUCAGAUAUAUAAAAUGCAUAGGAAAAUAGAGUGCAAAUGUAUUAGUACUAUCUUCCAUAAUUUUUAACUGAUUACUUUCAAUUUUAUUCUAAUAGUGAUAAAACUUUGAUUAUAUUUUAGUUUAUAUAUUUACUUCACUUAACCAUGUCUUUUUAAGUUCUUAUUUUAUUUUAAGGGGAAUAAGAGAGGAAAAUUUUAUCAUGUUAAAGCUAAUCAAAAUCAGUAUUAAAAGGUCUUAGGAAAGAAUAAUUAUAUAAAAAAUAUGAUUUAGAAAGCGAGUCAAAGAACAUUAAAACCCAGAAAUGAUAUGUUCAUGGCUUUAUUUUACUUUAAAGUGAACCUGUCUUAUUCUAGUUUAGCAGAACAUUUAACAAUGCAAAAACCUGUUGUGUCCUGAAAAUUGUUUCAAGAAUUUAAUAUUUUUAUGGAAAUGAUUUUAUUUAACUUUAAGCAAUAACUAGGGAUCACAAUUAAGUUUUAAUCAAAAUGAAGGCUUACUUCAAACACUAUGAAAGUGUUUGAUUUAAAAAAACACACAUCUAGUGAGGCACAGGGGGAAACCACCUCUUCGUUAGUGAUGAUUAUAUUUUGAUCUGAAGGAUCUAGAGUGUUAAUUAGACACUUAAUAAAACUUAACUUCCACUGAAAUCUUUUGUAAACCAUUCUGCUUUUACACUCUGAAGGGAAGGCAUUACUCAGAAGCAAGAAUGGUCAAAGGCGAAUUCUGAAUUUUUAUAAGCAAAAUUAUAGACUGUCUAAAAUCGGGGAGGAAGGAACUGAUAACAGCAUUCAUAACCAAACACAACGCUAGUUACUACAGAAUAUUGCAUCACAUUUUAGUUCAGGUAUUGACUAAGGUUGAAUAACUUUGACUUUCAAAAAACUUUUUGGUAGUUGGAUUUCGUUAUCUUAGUGAUUCUAGUCAUUUUACAAUAUGUUUGUAUUUGGCCAUUUACUGUAAUCACAUUUUUAUAUCUGUACAAUGACACUUUUUGCAGUUGUGGGGUAGCGUGUGACACUGUGCAUCUUGCAUCAUUAAAGCUACUACAGUGAUACUAUCAUUUAAUAAUGUUAAUCUUACUUGAAAUAGACAAAGAUAACGAGAAGGGUCUAUAUGAUGUGCAGUUUUGUGCCUUUAUGUAUUUGCCUUGUUCUUUGUUGAAUGUGUUAACUUCUGUACUGUGGUUUUUCCUCUAAUAGAGAAUAGAGUCGUGUAUUAAAUUAGACUGUGUCCCUGGCACCUUUACACUACUGAGAAUAGUAUGGUUUCGGCCAUGUAAAUCAGUGUUCAAAGUUCUAAUGACAUGCCAUGUGUUUUGGUUUUUUAACAUUUCAUUUCAGCACUUCAGUACUACCGUCCGUCAUUUAAUACUCCUGUACUAGCUAAGCAGUCAUUAAAUAAGUUCCGGAAGAAAGGGCCAUUGCUUGCAUUCCUUUGAAUUUAAUGUUGCGCUUGUGCACUGUAUUAAUAUUGUUUGUGAUGGAUUGGACAUUGUGACUUUUGCCUUUUAAGAAGAAGAAAAAAAAGAGGUAGGACAAAGCAUUUGAAGCUUUUAAAAAUGUACAUAUUUUGGUUCUUCUAUCUCAAAUUAUUUAAAAUGCAUAAUUCACAUUUUUGUAAUAAUUCUAUGCAAUUUUGUGGCAUGAUGUUUCUUCCACUUGUAAUUUUAUGUGCUUUCAUCACAAAUCCAAAGGAAACAAUAAAAAUUUCUUGACACAAUC